AUGCAUGUGAAGACAGCAUCGUGGCCACACCACACUUUUGAGGCUCUUCUUCGUGUCGUCUUGGCCAGCAGCAGCGUCCUCGUGUACUUCGCCCCGGCUUGGUGGAGGCGGUCUGCGGAGUCUGCGAAUUUUGCUUCCGCCGCCCCGUCGCCCUCGCUCGCCUCGCCGCUUGCGCCGGCCAUCUCGCCUCUUCACUUGCUUCUUCUGCCUGCGUGUCUGCUGCUGUGUCUAGCGUUCCUCCUGAUCACCUUUUUGGUGUGGGGUGUGGAGUACCGGGGAGUGCAUCUGUGGCUGGAGUUCUAUGGACCGUCUCUCUACGCGCUGUCUCUUCCGGCUGUGACUGUCUGUCUGGCGGGCAUGCUGGCCAUCCUCUUCGCUCCCUCACAUUCCUUCGGUCGCCCCCGCGGAGUUAUUUUUCCGUCUUACGUGCCAAGCCCCGUCGGUGGUCACGCGUACUCGCCCUCAGCGCCGCUGCUCGAUGCCGCCUUGCCUCCGCAGCUGCCUCGCUUCCCCGCGCCUUCUCAGCCUGCCUCUUCCGCGUCUUCCCGCCCUCUUCCUGGCGAGAGAGAGGAAGGUCUCAGAAGCCAAGGAGCAACAGAGUCAGCUGGCGAGGCGGGGACCACAGCCGCAGCGCUUGAUUCCGGAAAUGGGGAGCUCGAAUCGACGGUGCCGCCUUGCGUGUCAACGCGCAGACGCGCGUCCGCGCUCUGCUAUGGAUUCCACGGCGAGGGCGCAGAAGACAGCGCGGCAGAAGGCCAAGCGUGCGCGUCUUCCGCCGCCAAGUGGAAGCGCGCGAUACUUCGACUUCCUCAGUGGCUAGUGCUUCUUUUGCUGUCUGGGCUCUGGGCCUUCCUCCUUGCGGCGCCGUUUUUCUUUCCGUCGCUUUUCUUGUCCCCCUGUCUGCUUCGUGGCCCACCCGUCUCUUCCUCCGCAAACGCCAAGAGACGCGCAAAGUUCACUGGAGGACAAGAAACACUGAAACAUCCGAUCUUCACGCUCGGAGGAGACACACAGCCAAGUGCGAAAAGUGCAGACGAACGCCGUCCCAACGUGCAUCCCUGGCUUCCAGAGAAACCUCUGCUGAUUGGACACAGAGGCCUCCCUGAACUCCGUCCAGAAAAUACAGAGGUUUCCUUUCACGCUGCAGAAGCCAUGGGAUGCGAUGGCCUCGAAUCGGACGUUGCAGUCUCUGCUGACGGCGUUGCCUUUCUUCUCCACGACGCAACCUUCGCAAGGACAACAAAUGUUGCCAAGGUUUUCCCUUCUCGGACCAAAACGCCAGCAGACCUCUUCACGUGGAGCGACGUGGCUGAGCUGAAUGCGGGCGAGUGGUGGUUGAAAACCGACCCGUACGGCACGGUGAAGCUGGUCGAUCCUGUCAUGCAGAAGGAAAUAUCGGAGCAAAAGAUCCCAACGCUCGAGUGGCUUAUGCGCAAGGCAGUCGCCGCGAACCGCACGCUGAUCUAUGAUCUCAGGUGCCCGAACUGCGACUACAACACUUGGGGAUGCGGGACGAAAUGCGUCGACCUGACCGUCGAUCUGGUUCGGAAAACAAAGUGCAGCCGCUAUCUCUGGUGGCUGCAAGACAAGAGAAAAGAGGUGAAGGCGGAGUUUCCGGACGUAACAAUCGUCACCGCUGCGGACCGUCACUUCACACACGACGCCGACAACCUGACGGAAGUUCUCAACGUUGAGUGGGUAGAACUCGAUGCCAGCUUGACGAAGACGUGGAAGGACCAAGGGCGCGUUGCCAUGCUGGAUCUUUUGUGCGUCGCCCUACUGAUUGCUCUUCUCUACGCUUCCAUGCGCCCACCUUCGGAGUGCCCAUGUUGUCUCGCCGUCGACAGCGCAGACGCCUCCGGCGUUUUGGAGUAG